AUGCCGAUUAACGUUAAGAUUUCCCUGUGCAAAAUCACAAGGGCCAGUAAGCUCUUUCAACGCAAUUACUAUUUGCCUUUACUGAAACCUCUAUCGCCUAAAGAUGCUUUACGAAGAAAAAUCAUUACCGGCGAGAAUGUUUUGGGCAACAGAAUUGAACAUUACAUUCCUGUGCUUAAGCCUCAUGAAGAAAAAGUCUCCGAAAAGAAAAAAAGAGGCAAAGGGGUUCCAGUUAUUAAAAAGAAAAUCAAACGAACUGAAAACAUGCGCUACGUAGAACCAUUCCUUGAUGACAACAUGGAUGGACAUGGAAAAAUCAAAGGGAUUCUGGCAAGAAAACCCAAGGGACGUGGCCAGUACUAUGUUUACGAAAUAAUUGACAAAAACUGCAACCUUGUAGUAAACUACCAAAUGGAAAAGGCCAUUAAAGACAAAGACAUUAUGGACAUAACCAUUGCCCAACGAAGCGAAAAAAUCGUCCUCAAACUAGCGAACGGCCUCAAAGUAACCGUACCUGUGGCGCCCUUCAAUGACAACGUGACACUUUAUCGUGGCUCGGGCUGGACCAAAGAACACAUCGAGCAAGAGCAUCAUCAUGGCAAAGAAACAUUUCAAAUGGCCAAACUUUUCGAAGCCAAAGAAUCUGGAGUGGAAGAAUGGGAAUUGGAAAUGAUGCGAAUGGCGAAUAAACGCAAGAAGAAGGUCAAGGGCGAAGACAAUAUGGAUUGGAAAGCUAUGAUGAGUGGCUGCGUGGAAGAUAUGGAUUGGGAUAAGUUUGAAGAAGAUACCAAGCAAAUUGUCGAGGAACAACAGGAAACUGUCGAAGAAGAGAAUAUUCCCAUGGAGGUAGACGAUAUGGAAAAAACCAGAAAUGUGAAUGAAAAACUUAAGCUCGGUGGUACCGUUGUCCUAGAACAGCUACCCACAAUGCUCGAAAUUCCGAAAGUCAUUAAAAACAUGGAAAAUGGCGAAAUGGAAGAAAUGCUCAACGUCUCAGGCGCACGAGUCCAAAUACCUGGCAGAUCGUGCUUUGUACCUGGACAAAUCGUCAAAACCGACGAAAACGAAAUAUUCGUUCCAGGACAAACCAUUGAAAGUGAGGAUGGUUCCUCAGAAUACACCCCAGGUAUCACGGUGUUACUGGAAGGGGAACCCACCCUAAUUCCAGGCCUGGUUAUGGGCGAAGAACAAAGUACACCGAUGUUUUUGCCAGGCGAAUCCACAAUUACAGAGGAAGGUCAACUCAAGUUCGAAGCGACGAACGAGGACCUCCCACCAGAACGACGUCGUCGUGAGUUAACUCCCAGUCCCCCUCCAGCUCCCAAGCCAAAGCCAAGAGUAAUCAACGAUGAGGACAUAGUCAUUAAACGUCGUAACUUUGACGAACCUUCAGAACCGCUAAUCAAGGAACGCGUCAAAAAAAGACCAGUAAUCGAUAUGAGGCCUAGAGAACCUACACCUCCAAGGGAGUUUAGGCCACGGAGGGCUUCCAUCGAGGAUCCAUUGAAGAUACUUGAAGAGCAACGCAGACUGAGAGAGGAAGAAGAGAGGAAACGCAUGAAGGAGCGGAUGGAAGAGAAGGUGCUCAAAGAAGAAACCAAAGUAAUGAAGCUGCGUAUGGAAAUCAGGAAAAAGUGCAAAGAAAUGAAAAUUGAGAAGCCACCCAAGUACGAACCGAUAACGCCAGUGAAGAAGAGCGCCAAGCUAGAGGAAUUGGAGUUGAGCAUCAAGAAGGGGACGUUCUUCGACGACGACAAGACCAAAGAAAUUAUUGAGAGAGCCAAGACCCAAACGAGAUUGUUGAAGUAUCAGAAAGUUCUCAACUCUUACACGUCCGAAUUUGAUUUCAGAAGACAUUAA